GUCGUUACUGUGGAAACAACUAGGCUGUGAGUCGCUUGUAGCAGAUGUGCGACGUAGACUAGAUACUUUUGUGCUGUUAAAAAUCUUUCAGAAUAACUCAAGUACAUAUUUUAUACGAAUUAUUAAGAAAUUUGUGACACUUCCCCCUACUCUCUCCAUUUUAUUUUUGAUUCAAUUGCUUUACGCCAGUGGACAUCCAGUUUUUUCCCUCUUGAAGAAAGGAUUAGGAGAUGGAGUUAAACCAACAUCGCAGCUGUUCUCAACAUGGCGGCAGGUGCAUGAUCGCCGAAGUAUUGGUCUCUCAGAAUGAGUUGAGGGAAGAGAACCUUCUAUGUGACGCCGUGUUGAGAUUGGAAGAUGGCGGCGUUUUUCCUGUCCACAGAGUGAUUCUCUCGACGUGUAGCGCAUAUUUCAGGAAACUCUUCACCUCAACACUGAACACCAGUGAGAAGACUGACAUUCUCCUGCACGGAAUUAGCUCGGACUUGAUGUCGCAGAUUCUGGAUUAUGUUUAUUUGCGGAAGGUGGACAUCCACUGCGACAACGCGCGUCAGCUGCUUGUGGCGGCUGAAUACUUGUGUAUAGGAGCCGUUACUGAGCUCUGCUGCGACUUCCUCGAGGACACGAUGGACCUCGACAACUGUAUCGGCAUCAUGCGUUUCGCUAGGUGUCACUUCUGCGCCGACCUUGAGGCUCACGCUCGCAGCUUCGUUCUGCGGCACUUCGUGCAAGUGUCUCAGCAGAGCGGAGAACUGCUAGAACUGCCUGUAGAGGAGCUGCAAGAGAUAAUCACGUCAGAGGAACUAAACGCAGAGGAUGAGGAAACAGUGUGGGAGUGCAUUCUCCGGUGGAUCAACCACGACCCGGAUAACAGGAAAGGUCACAUCGCGGGCCUCUUGAAGGGCGUACGUGAGACUAGGACUACUUGA